AGAAGACGCGUCAUGUCAUGUGUCAUUUUCAGUUUGUUUAGUAAUAGUAAGGAAGUAACGAUAAAGUUUAAUUAACAUUUUACUUUUAAAAUUUUCCACUGAAGAUAAAAAAUGGGUCGUCGAAAGUCAAAAAGAAAGCCUCCACCAAAAAGAAAAGCUAUAGAACCAUUGGACAUACUGUUUAACUGCCCAUUUUGCAAUCACGAGAAAUCCUGUGAUGUUAAAAUGGAUAAAGGGAGGAGUACAGCUCGGAUAACAUGUCGGGUUUGUUUAGAAGAUUUCCAAACAACUAUAAACUUUCUGUCUGAGCCAGUUGAUGUCUACAAUGAUUGGAUUGAUGCAUGUGAAACUGCUAAUUAAUAUAUUAUAUUAUAGUGUAUAAGAAUUAGUCAGAUACUUAAGUGUGUGUUAGUGAUAAACAUUUUCUAUUACACAAGAACAUCUCUGUAUUAAAGAUUAAAGCAUGAUGUUUCAUUUUUUACUUUACAAUUUUUUAUUCAAUGGGACUUUAUAAAAAAUAUGGUUUCAGUACUUUUGUUUACUAUUUUUGUGGGGUUUUUACACUCCCAAGUAUCGACACAGAAUUAAUGGGAGUUUUUAACAUCUAUUUUUAUUAAAUAAUUGAAUCGGUCAUUUCGAAAACAACGUAAGUCCAUAUUUGGGGUAAAAAAUGACUUUUCGACGCCAUGAUGAUUUCAACAUUGAAAUAAACCAUUUCAUGCCAAAAAAACGAAGGUUAUUGUUUAAAAUACUGUAUGGCAGGUCAGUAUGUGUUUAGGUUCAGUUCGAAAACCAUGUAUGUUCUUAUCCAUAUCAAAUUAUGUCCUUAAGUAAGUUGUCCUAAGUUUCUAUGUAUUUUGACCGUUUCUUGCUGAAAAUAAAGAAAGCUUUAGUGACAUUAAAAAUUUUGGUUCAUUUGGAAAGUCCACAAAAUUAAAAACUUAAUAUCAAAAAUACUAAGAAUAUUUUUAGUCUUUUUGUUCGAUACACAUACAUAAUACAGUGCUCUUCAGAUAAAACUAUCCACCUUAAAUAACUUUUGAACCACUUAGUUUUAGGAAAAGCGCAAAAAUAAGUCAAAUAAUAAUUGAAGGGGGAGACAUGCCAUAUUUAAGCUUGCUGGGAAAGACACCCUCUUACCCCCCCAUACCAUCCCUUAAAUUUUUUAAAUUUACUAUCACCUUUUUUAUUUGAUAUUUGGAUUCUCCUCGUUGUACUGAUUUCAAAAAUGUAUUACACAUUAUGCUUAUAGUGAUUAGUUUAAGAGAAAAAUAAAUACAAAAGCAAGAAAACUGGAUUGAAAAAUUUUUUUUAACAAUUUUAUUACAAACAUUUAGAAUGAAUAUUUCAUUCCCAAAAAUUUAUACAAUAAUAAUUUAUUGUUCAGAAUUUCUGCCAUUUAUUAGCUAUUAUACUAUUGUAUGGAGGUGAAUGGCAGUCAUUUUGAACAAUUUUAUUGAUGAUAAAAAUUUUUGCUAGUGAAAUGUUCAUUCUAAAUGUUUGUAAUAAAAUUGUUAAAAAGUUAUUUUUUCAAUACCAUUUUUCUUACUUUUGUAUUUAUUUUCCUCAUAAACUAAUCACUAAAAGCAUCUUGUGUUAUACAUUUUUGAAACCAGUACAACAAGGAUAAUGCAAAUAUAAAUAAAAAAGGUGGUAGUGAUUUAAAAAAAUUUAAGGGAUGGUACUUACGUGGGGUGAGAGGGUGCCUUUCCCUGCAAGCUUAAGUAUGGCAUAAUGUCUCCCCCUUCAAUUAUUAUUUGACGUGUUUUUGCGCUUUCCCUAAAAAUCAGUGGUUUUAAAGUUAUUUAAGGUGGAUAGUUUUAUCUGAAGAGCACUGUAUAUUUAAGUUUCUAUGUAUUUUGACUGUUUCUUGCUGAAGUUUUAGUACAAACAUUAAAGCUUAUGAUUUAUUUCGAAAACUACAUAAGUCCACAUAAUUAAAAACUUAAAGCCGCGUCCUCAUUGGUAAAUUUUUCGUGUGUAUUGAACUAAUUGUUCGUCGUAAAUCUUACUAGUGAGGACGGACAAUCGAUGGAGCGUGUGCGUCGAAAAUUCUUACGAACACAUCCACAUUAGCACAUUUACCUCGAGCAUCCAAAUAUUUGCGACGAAAAGCUGGUUCGACGCUUUAUACCAGUGAGGACGCGUCAUAAUACAAAAAACUAAGUAACAUUUUUUAGUCUUUUAAUUGUCUUUCAGAAACAUGCAUUUCUAACAAUGCUUCUACUAAUGCUACAACAAAUUUUACCUUAAGUGGGCAGAAUUAGAGAAAAUCAAUGUAAAUGCAGUACGAAAUUUGUAUUUGCCCAUUUCAGUCAAUUUUUUGUGGUACAUUGUGGGUACUGUCGCCCCUGAAAGAGUUUUACUUUUCCUGAAAAAUUUAUAUAUUAAUAACAUGUAUUGUUUUCGAAAUGAGACUAUUCAAUUAUAACAAACACAAAAAUGACUUAUGUACUCUAUUCUAAAGGUUGUAUACAGCAUUUUUAGCGUAUUGUAGCUAAUAAAAUAUGUACACGAUUCGCAAAAAGUAUCUGAAUAUAAUAGGAGACUGCUUAUUUACAUAUACAUACAUAUUAUCUUGGUUUUCUAAUUGGUAGCGUUUGAUUUUGAUCCAGCUUGCAUUCUAUAUAUUUACAAAUUGGUCAUUUUAAUACACAUUUUAUAGUAUAUUCCAUCUGAAAACAAAAAUUUCAAUAAAUAUUUUAUUUUCUGCACUUGCAGUAUAAUUUUUUAUAUAACAGAUUGUAAAACUACAAGUCACUGAAUUAUAAUUUCAUAUUUCUCUGGUACUAUUUCUACUUUUUCUCUGUACUAUUUCUCGUAUAAUAAGCAAUAACUCCUUACACAAAACAAAGAUCACAAUUUUCAUAUUUCAUAGAAAAGUUUAUGUUUCUCUUAGAUGGAUAUUUGCAUUAACAUGUUGUAUAUUAGCUUCUGCUUUGAUUUACUAUCUGUGAACAACAUUAGAUCCAAUUCAUUGUAAAAAUUUAGUUAAAGUGUUUAUCUCAUUCUUGUAUGUAAUAAAAAAAGAUUUUAUUUAGUUAUUAGGCACUAUAGUAAAAAAAUCACAUGGUGUAUUAAGUUUUUAUAAAAUAUAUUAGUAAUACUUUAAAA